AUGAAUCCUGACGGCUUGCUCACGAACCUUAACCAGUCUCAGCAGGCUGCUGUAUCCUCGUUCGCAGACACUCUCGCGAUUUUGGCUGGCCCCGGAAGUGGAAAGACGCAUACUUUGACCUCGCGGACAGCAUGGUUACUUGCGCAGGGCCUCCAGCCGUGGAACGUAAUCGUCGCAACCUUCACGGUCAAGGCCGCGCGGGAGAUGAAAGAGAGAAUUGGGAAGUUGAUUGGAAAUGGAACGGAAUCGAAACUCAUACUGGGGACCUUUCACAGCAUUGCGCGAAGAUACCUGGCUCGAUACGGACAUCUGAUUGAUAUCAAGAAGGAUUUUGGAAUUGCGGACAGUGCAGAUUCUCUGGCGAUCAUCAAGCGUAUUGUGAAAAGGCAUCGCUUCAUGAUAGAUGCAAAAGUUGUCCGAUCGCGAAUCAGCGGAUUAAAGGCUCGUACAUCCGUGGACCAAGAAGUCAAAUCCCAAAAAAAGUUUGGCGCCAAGAUUGUAGAAGAGCAAGAAUUCGAGAAGUGUUAUGAGGAAUACGAAGAGGCCCUACGCAGAUCAAAUCUGCUCGACUACGACGACUUACUCCUUCGAUGUGUCGACCUCCUCCGAAUGCACCCUUCCUGCGUAUCUAAUGUAGAAGCUGUCCUGAUUGACGAGUUUCAAGACACCAAUUUGGUGCAGUUCGACCUGAUGCGACUUUUUGCUGCCCAGCGAAAGAGAAUCACUAUUGUCGGCGACCCAGACCAAAGUAUCUAUGGCUUCAGAGCAGCAGAGAUCAAGAAUUAUAAACGUAUGCUUCACCAAUAUCCGGACACGGUUACAAUAGCUUUGGAGGAGAAUUACAGGUCCUCAGGGGCGAUUCUGAUGUCGGCUUUGAGUGUUAUCCAACAGGACAGCUCGAGAGUUGCAAAGUCACUCCUAGCAACUCACUCGCCAGGUACGAGACCUGUACUUCGGAAAUUAUCAGGGGCGCAAAAGGAAGCUCAUUGGAUUGUGACGGAGAUACAGAGGAUCAGGGGAAUGACGGGAGAACUUCUAGACUUGAACGACUUCGCCAUAUUGUUGAGGUCUUCUGCUUUAUCCCGGCUGAUCGAAACUGCUCUGGGUAAGGCUGGUAUCGCAUACAGGAUGGUUGGUGGCCAGCGAUUCUAUGAUCGACUUGAGAUCAAAACUGUCCUAGACUACUUGCGAGUCAUCAACCAGCCGGACAACAAUGAUGCUCUCGCUAGAAUCAUAAAUACCCCUUCCAGGAGGAUUGGCGAAGCAACCAUUAAAGACUUACUCGAAGAAGCAGACCAGUCCAAGAUCACACUGUGGACAUUAAUACUCAAUAUCGUGCAACGUAAGCGAACGACGAAGACGAAGCUGAAGAACAAACAGGAGCAAAAUCUUGCAGCUUUUGUCAACAUCAUUUUGAUGGGAAGAAGCAAGUCGGCUGGCCCUCCAGAUGAGCGAUUGUCUACUUCCGGGCUGAUACAGUUUGUGCUCGCGAAAACAAGUUAUGAGAGAUGGCUCGAGGAGCACCACGGGGACGAGAAUAAAGCCAGAUGGGACAACGUCCAAGAACUAAUCACGCAAGCCAAUGACUUUGAAGAUCUCAUAUCAUUUGGCUAUGAGGAUGAAACUCUUCCGGAAAUUGAUGGCUUGAAGCAGAAUGACGAUGCCGAUACACUUUCAAGGUUCCUGGCGAACGUGGCCCUUGCCUCGGAAGUAAAGCCAGAGGAUGCCGAAACUGCCACAAUAACCCGAAUCACAAUCUCGACAAUCCAUGCUGCGAAGGGUCUCGAAUGGCCUGUUGUGUUUAUCCCGGCCGCCUAUCAAGGCUCAAUCCCACAUUCUCGGGCCGAGGAUACGAAUGAGGAACGAAGACUCUUAUAUGUAGCUAUGACGAGAGCCAAAGCUUUGCUGUACAUGAGCUGUCCUAUUAAGAGUACUUCGAAUGAAGACACGAUUCUUUCGCCCUUCUUAACGCCGCCAGGACUCGCUUCACUGCUGGACGCAAAAGGCCCAUCGCUCGGGUCGCCAGCAGUCACGGAUUUGGCACAGAUCCUAAGACGAAACUUGCCAUCUCGGAGAUCAAUUGAGAAAUCAUCUGCAUCACUCACUAGCACAGAAGACGACCUGUUUCCGGAACGCGGCGAAGAGAAAGAGUCGGAUCAGGAGUUGAGAUGGAAUUCUAUGACAGCAGGGACCUCAAGCUUCAUGGCGGGACAGCAAGCCCCUAAGCGACGACGAGCUGAGCUGGGGCGAUCCAUGAGUAACCUCGAAGGACCCGAGAGGGAUUGGAAACCUUCUUAUGCUACCACCAUGGACCGGGCUGCGAGCUUUACAACGGCUGGAUUUGUGACGGCAGGUUCGCAUCUGCAAGUGCUAAAGGAACAAUCGGUCAAUGGCACUUUGAACGACGAGCAAGACGCAGAAGAUUUCGAUCGGGGGAAGAAGAAGCCCAAACAGACAGGCAGACUUCCGGAAGGCCAAGGGACCUUGUUUGGGUUUUUCGGUAAAUCGGAGCCCCAGGUCAACAAGCCUGUUCCCAUGAUCAAGGAAACGGAUCCGAAGCCUCGUGCCCCAAUUGUUGCGAAAUCAUUUAAUCAAGCACGAUCAAAAUCCACCACAUCGGAACAUGUAGGCAUAGCUACCGCACUUUCAAACCAUCGCUUAGGUAACGGGACAUCGGGAAAUCGCCUCCGACAGAAUGCUCAGCUAGACGUACAAUCCCACAGAAACGAUUAUGUGUUUCUUUCAAGUUCGCCACCAAGGCCUAAUCCUCCUUCUCCUACUCACCAGGAAAAGAAACUCUCACCUCAACCCCCACCACAGCCCGCGGGUCUCACAGCCAGGCCUCCCAUCCUGAACAAGAUUCGUCCGCCGAUCAUAUCGACACACCAGACGACAGUUUCCAUGCUGCAGAAUGGGAACGUGAAUGGGACUGGAGCGCGAAAGACGUUGGGGGUGCGCCGGUCUAUGGAUGGGUGGGCGAGUCGCAAGGGGCAGAAGCAGAGCUUCAAACCCCCUACUAUGCAACGCCCUUGA